UUUCGAACUACUGAAAAUUCGAUCUAAUGAGAACUGUCAAAGCCACAGUUGACAAAACCUUGAUUGACAAACAUCUGAUUCCCCUAGACACAAAAAGAGUGAAUUUAACAUGAAAUUACUUAUAAGUCGACUAAAAUAAGGAAGGUUAUAAUGGAUAAAAUUCCGGGCCAAACAGGUUAUCUGGUACUAAAUGAAGAAGGGGCUGUUCUAUCAUCUUCAGGCGACUUGGAAAAUGAUGAAAAGUCCGCUGUGGUUAUUAUGGGACUGAUCAAUUUAACAUCGCAUAUUGAUAAAGCUGCCUUUGAAGAAGGUUUUAAAAAACUGUCAAUCAAUUAUGAUAAACACUGUUACAUUAUUUGCUUAUCAAAUCGUAAGGUCCACAUCGUUAAAAAAACACUCGAUUUCACUAAUGGUAUACCGUGAGCUGUAAUAUGGAUAUUAUUUUAUACUGUACCAGCAUGAAAUACAUGCAAAUGGUUAUUUUAUUUGGAGCCGUUUGUUUCUCGCUAUAUCAUUUGUAUAUUUUGUUAAAUACAUGGGAAUAAAUGUUUAAAAAAACAA